AUGGAUCCUGCACAACUUCCUCCGUGGGAUCUUCCUGAAGGUGUCGCUUCUCGGUUCGUCGAUACGUCUCCUGCCGGCCUCAAGUUCCACAUCUUGGAGUCCGUUCCCCCAAAUGUCGAGCAAAGUGACCGUCCUCCUCUCAUUCUGCUUCUUCACGGAUUUCCCAAUCUGUCAUACGACUGGAGCGCCAUCAUGCCGAUGCUCUCCAGAGCAGGGUAUCAUGUAGUCGCUCCCGACAUGAGGGGGUUUGGUCGUACGCACAAUUCGGACCUGACCCCGAUUGCGGAUGAGCAUUUUCGUCCGAUUGUAGCUGUCCACGAUGUCACGGCGCUCCUGGUCGGUCUUGGGCACGAUUCCAUCCACACACUGGUCGGCCACGAUUUGGGUGCGUUUGCUGCUUCGCUUGUGACGGUGGUUCGGAAGGACUUGGUGAAGUCGCUCAUCCUGAUGUCUCAUCCAUUCAAAGGCAUCCAAGGCCCUUCGACAGAUGGCAGCACUGGUGGAGGAGAGGAUAUUCAGGCCACUCUCGCCAGGCUUGACCCUCCAAGGAAGCACUACAAGUACUACAACGCAUCCCCUGAGGCGUCUGAUGAAUGGACGUACCCGACUGGCCAGCCACUUCACGACUUUCUUCGGGGUUACUUCCACCUCAAGUCCGCAGACUACAGCCAGAAUCAACCUCGCCCUCUCGAGUUCUGGACUGCAAAAGAGCUCGCGGUCAUGCCACAUUACUACGUCAUGAGAGCCGACCUUUCGAUGCGCGGCAACAUUGAGCUGGACAUGUCCCAAGAGCCUGCCGAGACUCGGGGAAGGCUGGCUGACACACCUUGGCUUCCCGACUCCGACCUUUGUGUAUAUACCAAAGAAUACGGCAGAACAACGUUCAGCAAGGCUCUGCUUUGGUACAGGGCGCUUGUGGAUCCGAAGUUGUCGGCAGACCUCCUACCUUUUGCGGGGACCAAGAUUUCCGUCCCAACUAUGUACAUCUCUGGCGAUCGAGACUGGGGAACUUAUCAGGUUCCUGGAGCCCUCGAGGCAAUGCAGCGAGGUGGCAGCGUUGAGCAUGGAUGUUGGCGUGGAGCCGUCCAUAUCCCUGGCGCUGGGCAUUGGGUCAACAUGGAGAAGCCGGAGGAGUGUGCUCGUGAGAUUCUGAAUAUGGCGACGUCCGUCGGUAAUACGACUGCGAAGUAA